GCAUCACGAUCACGACUUUGCAGAACUAUCAGAAGGGAAUCGUCCUAGGAUUUCUACGAAAAUCCUGUUUGGAUUCGUAAUUAAUUCCCGAUAAUAAUAAAUAACACAAUGUCGGCCCUUCCCUACGGACCUCCCGUGCGAGUUUCUCCUCUGAUCAGGUUUGGUCGCUGGUCACUCCUCACCGUGGGCAUUGCCUACGGAGCAUUCCACCAGAACAGGCUCUCUAAACGGGAGGCCAAGCUCCGGGAGAUCGAGGCCAAGGAGAAGCCCAUCAGAGACGCCAAGAUCAAGGCAGAAAAGGCACUUGCGGCUGCGGCCGAAAUCAAGGCUCUGGAAGAGAUGGUUAACAAGAAGUAAACUAGAGUUAAGGCGUUUCCACACUUAGUGGCCAGGCCACCCGGCCACCAAUCAUUGUAAAGUUAU